AUGUCGGCCAUUGCCUCUGCGCUGCGCCCUACCCUCCGCGCCUCCUCCGGCGCCGCCCUGUCCACGCGUUCCUUCAGCUCUUCCUCGUCGCGUUCCAUUGCUCGUAUCAUGAUCACGGGUCGUCUGGCUGGCCAACCCGAGGUGCAGGCCACCGCUUCUGGCCAGGAAGUUAUCAGAUACACCGUGGCCUCUAACCAGAACUCGAGGGAUAAGCGCCCGCCGAGCUUCUUCAAGGUGUCGGCCUUCAGUGAGGGAAACCAGCGCGAUUUCAUCACCAACCUGCAGACGGGAACUCUCGUGUUUGUCGAGGGAGACGCAACCAUGCGCCAGUGGGAGAACGCAGAGGGCAAGAAGCAGACAGCCCUGAACAUCACGCAGCGCGCCCUCGAGGUUCUCAAGCGUCCGUACAACCCCGAAGCUUUCUCUGAGGAGCAGCAGCACCAGCAGCAGCAGGAGGAGUAA